GAGCCAAUGGCAGGCGGCGGAGGAUGAUGCCACGGAAAUGGCGUCCGCGGUCAGCUUGGGUAGGGACGUGUCGGACUGAGAGGUAACCUCGGUCGAUGCCUUAGGAGCGGAACAGCUGCUUGAUUAGCAUUUGUACACACGAGGCUGCGCAACGGGCCCUCGGGGAGAGCGAGCGUCGCGGCCAUGGCGUAUCACUCGGGCUACGGAGCCCACGGCUCCAAGCACAGGGCCCGGGCAGCUCCGGAUCCCCCUCCCCUCUUCGAUGACACAAGUGGUGGUUACUACAGCCAGCCAGGGGGCUACCCAGUCCCAGGAGCCGAGGUGGCCUUCGGUGUCAGCCAACUGCUGGGAGACCCAAUGGCUAACAUGGCUAUGGCCUAUGGCAGCUCUGUCGCAUCCCAUGGGAAGGACAUGGUGCACAAGGAGCUGCAUCGUUUUGUGUCUGUGAAAAAACUCAAGUAUUUUUUUGCCGUGGACACAGCUUAUGUGGCCAAGAAGCUAGGGUUACUGGUCUUCCCCUACACACAUCAGAACUGGGAACUGCAGUACAGUCGUGAUGUGCCUCUGCCCCCGCAUCAAGACCUCAAUGCCCCUGACCUCUACAUCCCCUCGAUGGCUUUCAUCACGUACGUGUUGCUGGCUGGGAUGGCUCUGGGAAUUCAGAAAAGGUUCUCUCCCGAGGUGUUGGGCCUGUGUGCCAGCACGGCGCUGGUAUGGGUGGUGAUGGAGGUGCUGGCCCUUCUCCUGGGCCUUUACCUGGCCACCGUGCACAGUGAGCUGAGCACCUUCCACCUGCUGGCCUACAGCGGCUACAAAUACGUGGGGAUGAUCCUGAGUGUGCUCACAGGACUGCUGUUUGGCAGUGAUGGCUACUACGUGGCCCUGGCCUGGACCUCCUCUGCACUCAUGUACUUCAUCGUGCGUUCAUUGCGGACAGCAGCCCUGAGUCCGGACAGUGUGGGGGGCCCGGUGCCCCGGCAGCGCCUCCAACUCUACCUGACGCUGGGGGCAGCAGCCUUCCAGCCCCUUAUCAUAUACUGGCUGACUUUCCACCUGGUCCGGUGACCCCUGCUCCCCCUCUGGCACUGGGUUUUCCAUACAUUGAAGAUUUGAUCCUU